CACCAACAACAUAAUCAACAACAACAAUCCCAGCAACAACAACACCAACAGCAUAUCCAGCUCCAACAACAACAAUCCCAGCAACGUCAACACCAACCCCAGCAGCAUCAACAUCAACAACUACAUCAACAGCAUAGCCAGCACCAACAACAACAGUCCCAGCAACGUCAACACCAACCCCAGCAGCAUCAACAUCAAUCCCAACAACAGCAACAACUUCAUCAACUCCAGCAACCCUAUCAAGACCAACAACAGCAACAGCAACAUCAACAACUUCAGCAACCAUCUCUACAGCAACACCAACAACAAACAUUUCAACACCUACAGCAGCCGCAACAAGCCCACCCCCUCCAGCAACAACAGCAACAGCAACAUCAACAACAACAACCACAACCCCAUCAACAACAUCAUCAAAAUCUACAGCAACAACUACAAGCCCAGUCCCACCAACAACAGCAACCACAACUUCACCAGCAACACCCACCGGCACAGCAGCAACCACAACUUCAUCAACAGCAACAGCCCACCCAAGCUCAGCUAAUACAUAGAAGCGCACAGGUAUACAGUGAAACACCUAGCUGGAUGUUCCGGCCAGCGCAACGUAGCUCUUUUUCGGAAACAGGAAAUUUUAUGAACUAAUGACGCCUUCAUGUGAAGCUAGCGAUAAUUUAAUUUUGACAAGUCCAACCACUGCGUCUAAUAAUUUAAUUGAAAUUUUGACUUACUGUCAAAACUUCAAUAGAAUGAAAAGUGCCGCAAAAAUCGACACUAUUAAUCAAGCUAUCAGCGGAUGCCUUUAUACUGCUAUUCUUGGCACGGAGACCAGUUGGGACGCUAGUAUUUUAAGCGAAGAGGUUUUCUCUAGCAACUUUAAUGUAUUCAGGAAUGAUAGAAAUCUGUUAUCAUCCGGGAAAAAGUCAGGAGGCGGCGUUUUAGUCGCCAUUAAAACCGAUUUUGACUCAGAAAAACUUGAUUCUGACGUUUUUGCACAUUUUGAACACGUAUGGGUCAAAGCUCAGAUUGCAAAAGAGACUCACAUCUUUGCAUCUGUGUAUUUUCCCCCGUUAUCGCCACUCAGCUCAUAUGAAGAUUUCUUCAGGAACGCUGAAAAAAUUAUCUCCAGUCUAGAUCCCGAAUCCAAAAUACAUUUGUAUGGCGAUUUCAAUCUCGGUGCUGUCGACUUCAUGGUUGACGCAGAAAACGAGUCUAUUCUUAUUCCCAUCUUAGGGGAAAGUGAUAGAUUACAAUUAAUUUUUGAUAAAAUGUACUCUCUCGGCCUAAAUCAAAUUAAUCAUGUUAAAAAUCAAAAUAAUCGCUUUCUUGAUCUUCUUUUUACUAAUAUGACUGAAGACUUCUGUGUGACUGAAGCAAAUAAUCCACUUUGGAAAAAUGAAGCUCAUCACACAGCAAUUGAAUUUUCACUUUUCGUGCAUAAGGCUAAUAACAGACCAGAUGGUUCAGAUUACGAAGAAAUUCCUGAUUACAAUAAUGCCAAUUAUCCCUUAAUCAAA